AUGGCUGGAAAACUGAAACUUUACUGCUUUGAUGGAAGAGGCAAGAUGGAGUCAAUUUGCUGGUUGUUAGCUGCAGGUAGGGUCGAGUUUGAAGAAGAGUUUUUGGAAACCUGAGAGCAGUAUGAGAAGCUCCUGCAAGGUGAGUCCACACAAAACCGCAAGAAAAGUGUGAGCAGACUUUACUAUAUCUCAGAGGAGAGGUGUGAAGAGAAGACUUUGAAGACUCAGGAGGACCUGAAGGAGAGAGCCCUGAUUGAUAUGUAUGUUGGAGGAACCAAUGACCUUAUGGGCUUCAUUCUGAUGUUCCUAUUCUUAUCGACUGAGGAUAAAGAGAAAAAACGUGCUGUUGUAGUUCAAAAGGCGACAUGCAGGUAUUUCCCAGCAUAUGAAAAGGUUUUGAAAGACCACGGGCAGGACUUUCUUGCUGGCAACAAUUUUAGCUGCCCAGAUGUUCAUCUUCUUGAAGCCAUUUUAAUGGUAGAAGAAGUCGGAGGUGUUCUCAGCUUUCCUCAGUUACAGGCAUUUAAAGAAAGGACAAGCAGCAUCCCCACAAUCAAGACAUUUCUAGAGCCUGGAAGCCAGAGAAAACAUGUUCCUGAUGAUAAAUACAUGGUCACUGUGAGGAGAGUUCUCUGCAUGUAUUAUGAUAUAAAGCGAAUUAGCAUGCCUGGCUAA